GAGCGCGCCCAUCAUUCCGAACAGCGCCAGAGACAUUACGAGAAUCGUUAACGAGCGCGUCGGCAUGGUCGUCAUCUACGGAAUGCCAGUAGAGUCCCAGGGUAUUAAGCUCCUGGCUGCCGAGCUGAAGAACAAGCUUCUGCUAUACUGUCCGGACUACGAGCUGCCCGAUUACUUACAGGAACCGACAAUGAUGGACUCGCACGUGGCUUUCCUCAACAAGCAACUUCUUAUGGAUCUGCUGUUCAAGUACGUGUCGACCGGGGACUACGACAAGGCAGUGACUAUCACGAAGUCCUUGCAAGAUGAUAACGUCGGUUUUAUGAUCGAAGAGCUGAUCGACAGACUCUUGCGGGCACGAGAACCUAACGUGUUCGCAUACGCGGACAAGUUGUGGUCCGCCGGACACCACGAUAUAGUCAAUGACUUUUUCCCUUCGGAAGUAAAAUUGAUCACCAAGCAAGAAAGGGUGAAAAUCAUCGGAAGAUAUUACGAUCAAGCUCUGAAGCUGGACGCCAAUGUCGACUCGUACAACGAUCGCCUGGCCUGGGGCGACAGCAAGGACAAGACUAGUCACAGAGUGAGCUGGAAGCUUAUCCCGGUAUGGGAGAAUAACAAGCUGCUGUAUAAAAUAAUGAACACUGAACAUACUAUGUACCUGAAGCUGGACGUGAACGUAGACGGGUACGGAGACAGGCAAGCGUGGGGCUCCAACAACUCGAACGAGAAGCGCCACCUGUGGAAGCUGACGCCUGUAGUGCUGGAGACCGGCAACGUCUUACUCAUAGAGAACCACGAGUACGGGCAGAGUCUGAAGCUGGACGCGCACGUGGAUAGCUACGGCGACCGCCUGCUCUGGGGAAACAACGGAAACGUCGAUGGUAACCCUGGCUACUUCGGCUGGGUCAUCAACGCGUGGCCGUAGAACUUCACAUAACUACAGAUAGCUUACAGGCGACAAUAAAUA